AGUAGGUACAACAGUAAUAAUAGUUAUCGUUUCAAGUAAUCUAGUACUUAUUAUAAUAUACACUACUAUGAAAUUAUUAUACGAAACAUUCAAACUAAUGUAGCAACUCACUGCAUUUUUAUUAUAACGCUACAAUUUGUAAAAAUGAAAACAUUACAUUUGAUGUAUUUAUGUUGUACAUCAAUCAACAAAUCAACGUAAAAUGAAAAUCUUAUGUUUUAUUUGUCGUAGAUAAAGGUACAUAUUAUUCCAUUGUUGCAUAUAUGAUGCGUGUUUAAUGAGCAGCUAGAAUGGUGAGAUAAUUAUUUGUGAAUACAUGCGUUUGAUAGUAGGGCGAAGUAAUUUUCAAUUCAAGGUUUAAAUUAGCAGACUUUAUAUCAAAACUAGUAUAUUUCGCUAGUCUUUUUUUUAUGUCAGUAUUCAAUUUGCAUCUCUAUAGUGUGCACGUUUAUUGGGCGUCUUUCUGAUAAAAAAAAAAAAAAACUAUAAAACGAUAAUUAAACGAUAAUUUUACGGGCGUAUUAAAGUUUUCCAUCUAUCAUUUUACAUAUUUAAGUCCCGUCUGUUACUACUAAAUUUAUUAUCACGUGCAAUAAUUAAUACGCUUAUACACGAUGAAAAUUCGGUUUAAUCUCACAAUGUCGGCCGUCGUCACCAUUUCUUUUGUCGUUUAUUCUGUGAAUGCAAAGCCUGUCUCUCAGGAUCCCGAUAAUCAGUCGAGGCCUACCGAACCAAAAAAUUCCAAGAUCGACGGCACCGCGAAUACCACUUUGAUCAUGUCACCAUCGAACACCGCUACCGAAAAAACUACGUCCAGUACCGGCAGUAACAACGCGACGACAUUUGCUGAGGAUACAGACAAUGACACCACCGCCUACACAUCUUCCGAAAAAACUAACAUAGUGCAGGCCACAACAAUAGUUAACGUAGAAAUGGUAAGCAUAGGCCAGAUAACUGAAAAUGUUUAUUCAACCACCACAUCCGACCCGAUAGAUAGUGUUAUAGACGAAAUAUUUCCUACUCAUUUUACUUUUCCGGAUGAAUACACUAAAGAUGUGUAACAACAUUUCCUGAUUUCUUACAUUCAAUGACUUCUAAACUUAAAAUAAUAUUUAAUAUUAUUUAUUAAAUAAAUAUUAUAUGUUUGUGUGGUAUCUUGUAUGUUACAAUAAUUAUUAGAGAUAUAAACUUUUUUGAAUUCGUUUCAUUGAUAUGAUUUUAUGAAUAUUGAGAAAAUAGUAAAUUAUUAUAAAAUUCAAUUUUUAAUUAAACUUAAACGUGUUAAACACAGUUAUAUGUGAAAUUAAAUUUUUCAUUUAAUCAAUUAUUUGAAAUGUUAUACUAUAAUUAUUACAGUGAGUUGUACGUCUGUUCAAAAAUUAUCUGGAAAUAUUAAAUAUUACAUUUAUUUUAUAGUUCAGGUAAACGAUUUUUAAAGGACUAUUAUUAUCCUUGAUAACUUUAUAUUAUUUUUCAUAAUUCAAAAACUAAUAGUUACAAUCAUUUUGUUCUAUCUUACCAUGAGAUUAUUCUAAAUAAUCAUCUUCUUCAUAAUUUUCAGAAAAAAAAAAUUGAUUUUCUUUUGAAAAUAAUAUGUUUGUAUCGCCACAAAACGUUCCUUAAACGGUGUAAAAUAUAAAUAGAUAACUAAAAAUAUGAUUUUUAAGUCACCUUAAAAUUUCUAAAAAUCUUUGUUUGAAUAAAAAUAUUAUUAAAAUUGAAUCUUUUUUCGACGUUUAUUGUUUACACAGACAAAAAAAACAUACAUCUUUAAAAAGUUAAAAGACUAUUAGAAAUGUAAGUGCUUCUGUAAAUUGAUAGUUAUAUAUUGUUUUUCUUCAAAAAAUAAUUAUAAAUACAAUACAUACAUUAAAUUUUAAUACAUAUUACUUAUUUUGCUUUAAUAUUAAUUAAGAAAAUUCAACAUUGUAUAAUUAUUAAUUUUAUAUUUUAAGAAAACCAAUUAUUUUUUUUGAAUUUGUAUUCGUACAUGCAUGCUCAUUGUUAUUAUUAUUAUUGUUAUUCCUUAAUUAUUCUUACAAUAUAAUUAUAUAAAAAUGAUUGUAUGAACAUUUAUAAUACUAUAUAUUGUUUUUCGAUA